AUGUUUGAGAUAGAACACAUAAUCAUCCGUCCCAAGUUUUUCAAAUUUUUUCCAGUUUUUCAGUUUGAACAAGACUUUUUCUUUCAGAGACCUGCAGCUGGACGGGUAGCGGAGCAGCGGUGGUGUGACCUCAGUAGAGAGGUGCUCCCCCUCCCUAGACCUUCCCCCCCCUCCCCUCUCAGGCAGCAGCAGCCCUCAGUGCUGUCCUCUCACUGCAGGCCCAGUGAACCCCCCACCCAAACAACAAGGCCCCCCCUCCACAGCUGGGAGGAGACACCAUCACCCACCACACCCUCAGGUGAUGGGGGAGACAGGUGGAGGAAAGAAGGAGAGACUGGAGCGCUCAACAGAGAGCAGGGGGGGGGCAGGAGGAAGGGUUCUCUGCAGAGGGUGGAGGAGCAUAAAGAGGAGGGGGUACUGAGGACUGUUGGAGCUGCAGCAGGAGGGGAGGGGCUGCCCAGCUGUCCCAUGUGCCUGCUGGAGUUCACUGUGGGCUCCACACAGAUGGAGCGUGACGGCCACCUGGCCCGCUGUCUGUCUGAGGUCAACGUGGACAUGAGCUGGGAGACUUUCUGAAGCAAUGGUUAUCUGUUCGGGGAAAACAGGCUUUUUGGUCCGAUGGCAAUUUUUUUUUUGGACUGUUUAGGUUUUACGAAUCAUGUCCGGUCAACCUUGGGCUCAGCAACACUCUCUUUCCUUUUAUUCCUCAUCCUAUCAAUUCUACACUUUAGUAUUUAGUGAAAUGGGUCACAUUUCACAUUAUGUCAUGAAAUGUCUAUGAGAUGACCUGAGUUGUUACUCAGAAAUAUCAUAAGAAAUAUAAUUUAUUUUGAGUUAUUAUAAUGAAGUUUGUGUCCUUCAGUGUUACAUUUAAAAAUAAAUCACACAUGCCAAAUGAGAGUGUUUUCUCCUUAUGGUGAAAGAUAUCGCCCUGUGCUCCUGGCACCCACUCUUCUGUCCUUAGUUUCUCUUAGAAAUAAAACCAUGUAAAAAUAACAAUACAUUUAAAUAUAAUGUAUCAUUUCACAGGAUGUGUGACUGAAAGAGUUGAGUCCUUCCAUUGAACUCAUAAAACCAAAGGAACAAUGUAAUAAGCAGCACUGGGCUGUAGUUGCCCCAUGUGAAGCCAGCCUCAGAGCGGGGACGGAAACACAAUGAGCCCAAAAUGGAAACGGAGAAACUUUGCCACAUAACCCACGGUUUUUUCGCCGAGCUGCAGAGAGUCCCGCUGGGCAUCUGGUGAGGAAGAGGAAGAGUCUGAGCCGGACCCAGCCUCUCUGUGGAGGCUCUGUUUCUGAAGAGGAGCCACAUCAGAGAGCCAACUGUUGCCUCGAAG